AUGGUAGGUAGAGAGUUGGAGUGGAGAGCGGUAGAGGAGGGAACAUCUGUGACAAGAAAGGGGCCACCUGAAAUAGAUACGGCCUAUGCGUCUUAUAUGAGAGGGAAUUUAUUGUUUGAACAAGAUCAGAAUUGGGACAUUGCGUUAAAGAGUUUCAAGAAUGCCAGGGCUGUUUAUGAGGAACUAGGGAAAUAUGGGGACCUAGAGAAUCAGGUUUUGUGCCGUGAGCGUGUUGAGGAACUAGAACCAAGUAUACGGUACUGUCUACACAAACUUGGCGAGUCAAAUUUACAAACUUCUGAACUCAUGCACAUUGGUGAAAUGGAAGGACCUGCACUCGAUCUUUUCAAAGCUAAACUAGAGGCUGUUAUGGCUGAGGCAAGAUCUCAGCAGGCUGCAUCUAUGACAGAAUUUCAUUGGCUUGGUCAUAAAUUUCCAAUUUCUAAUGCGAAGACACGUGUUUUCAUAUUGAAAGCUCAGGAAUUGGAGAAAGAUCUUCAUGGUCCAACAGCAGACUCCCUUCCAGCAGAGAAAAGACUUGUCAUCUUCGACAAAAUCUUUGCCGCAUAUCAUGAAGCCAGGAGCUCCAUCCGUAAUGACUUGGUCACUGCAAGUAAUUCUGAAAACAUGAAAGAUGAUUUGAGUGGACUUGAUAAAGCUAUUGGUGCUGUCCUAGGACAACGGACCAUUGAACGGAACCAGCUGUUGGUGAGCAUAGCCAAAAGCAAACUCCCUAAAAUCUGUGAUGACAAAAAUGAGAAAGUCACCAAGCCAGAGGAGCUUGUCAGGCUAUAUGAUCUUUUGUUACAGAAUACAGCUGAUCUUUUGGAUUUAGUUAGUUCUGGGAGAGAUCAAAAACCGGAAGAAUUGGCAUUUGGUGAAGAAUAUGCAGUCAAAAGUUUGGUUUUUCGAGCAGAAAGGUGCUUUUACUUAGCUAAAUCCUACAGUUUGGCUGGAAAGAGGACAGAAGCAUAUGCAUUGUACUGCCGUGCUCAUUCUCUAGCUAAUGAUGCCCUUAAAAAACUUAAAAGUCUGAUUACUGCUGAUCAGGUAAUGAUCAAGGAGUUGAAGAUGUUAUAUGAUGACAGUAGGUCUAACAGCUGCAUAGAACAUGCAACAGGAAUCAUAGAGGAGGAGAAGGCUCCGGAGAAUCUCUCCAAAAAAAUCUCUACAAUAUCAUUAACUGGAGCUGAUAAGAAGUUGGAAAAAUUCCUUACCGAAAAACUGGACACUUACGAAUCUGCAGUUGGUGAUUCUAACACAAAAGGAGCUCCUCGUAUUGAAGCUUUCCCGCCAGCAUUCCAAGCAAUCCCUCGCAAUCCAAUUGUUUUGGACCUUGCCUAUAAUACAAUUGACUUCCCAUCACUUGAAAACAGGAUGAAGAAAGACAAAAAGGGCUUCAUCAGUCGGCUUUGGCGAUGAGGUUCACUUUAUGUGGUCACCAAUAUGGUUUUUCUCUUCCUUACUCAGAUUUUAUCAGUUUUUGCUUUUGCAAUUUAUUCAUUGCAACAUGGAUAAAGUGUUUUGAGGAAACAAGGUUUUUUUUUUCUGUUUUUUUCUUGUGAAAUUGAAAAUUUUGAUUUACUAGACUCUGAAGCAGAGAUUUUGACAUGGGACUGCCAUAAUUCUUAAUUGCUCAAUUGUGGAAACGACAGAGAAUUAAAAAGUUAGAAUCUGAUCAUUUCUGAGAUACUUCGAGGUGGGUUUGCUUCGAAUACAGUUGGAUGGAAUAAAUUUUGGAAGAUAGCUUUGGUUUUGGA